UGCGAAUGUCAAUUUAAGUAUAUAUUGGUUCGGUCCCCGGCGAGUUGGUCUGCGCGAGCGCACCGGGUAGUGUCGCGCGCGCCCUUGGUCGCUCAAUAAGCAAACAGCGAUGCCUUUGUAGUCGGCUGCCAGUGGCUUUCAUAAAUAUACACUAUUUGUGGUUCUUACUGAAAAGCUACUUGUAAUUUAUUCAAAGUUCCAGUCAUAGGAAUAAGAUAUAGAAAUGCAAGAAAAUAAGGAUGCGACCACGGGCUUCGAUAACGGGGUUUAUACUGUGUUCUACCACAAGGAAGCGAAAACGUGAAGCCCCAGAGUUUUUGACGACCCACAAUGAAAUUAAAGCGAAAUGUCCGAGUGAAGACAAAAAGAAACCGUGGCUGACCACCGUAGUUCCUGUGAUUUGCAACUAUUUAACUUUAACUAUUAUAGGCUUAUCACUAUGGGGUGCGCUGUGGUGUUUGUGGGGAGAGGGCUGGAGCAUCCAAGGUGCUUGGUUCCGAUUGGCGCUGGUGGCAGUGAUAGCGUGGGCGAGUGGGCAGGCGCUACAGGCGUUGACGCUACUGCCGCCGCUGUUAGCCGCGCUACUGACCGGCAUCCUGGCUAGAAACCUCGGCUUUUUAGACAUGAACGAAUUUACAGACGUUGACAUGUUUCUAAGGAAGCUAUACCCUAUCGUAAUUCUUGGGAAGGGUGCCCUUGCGUGGGACGUGGGCUUCAUGAUACAGAACUGGAAACGAGUAGCGACCCUCGGUAUACUCCCUUGGCUCGCUGAGGUCGUGGUCCUAGCGAUGCUGGUGCAUCACUUCCUUGGAUUCCCUUAUGUCUGGGGAUUUCUUCUCGGCUCUAUUUACGCUUCGGUGUCAUGUCCAGUCGUGAUGCCGCCAGUACUAAGGGUCAGCGCAAGUGCAGGCAGCCCGCGCAACUGGCCGCAACUGGUGUGCACGGCGGGUGGCAUAGACACGGCGCUUAGCGUCGGUGUCUAUGGCCUGAUCUAUAGCAUUAUAUUCUAUGAAGCCAGCGAUGGAUGCCGCUAUACAAAGGCGGCUCUGACGCUAUUCGCCGGGGUCGGAUUAGGGGUAUUGAUGGGAUGCGUGGCGGGGCUAAUCCCGCACCCGCGGGAUUUCUACGUGACGGAGCUACGGAUACUGCUCAUCGUGGUGGGCGGGCUGCUGGCGAACAUGCUCACUUAUAUGUUUGGGUGGGGAGGCACAGGUGGUGUAGCAGUUCUAGCGUGCAAUGCUACGGCCGCGACGUUUUGGGCGCGAGACGGAUGGAAACUCAACAACAAUCCAGCCUCUACUGCCUACCGCGUGAUGUGGUCUACACUAGAACCGAUCCUCUUUGCCUACACGGGGACAUUCUUUGAGAUUAACAGCAAUGUCUCUACACAAUUAGUGCCGGGAUUCGCAAUCCUGGCUGUGUGUUUAUUUGUACGACUGACAGUCGCCGCUCUGACGUGCUGGGACUUCCCGAUCAAGGAGAAACUCUUCGUGUGCUGCGCUUGGACACCUAAGUCUAUUGUAGAGGCGGUGCUAUGUCCAUUGGCCCUCAACACUUUCACCCUAGCAGGAGAUUUCGACAGCGACGAGCGUCAGUUCGCGGAAGGCUUGCUCCGACUCAUCGUCCAGGCCAUCCUCAUCACCACGCCUAUCGGGUUCCUACUCACGAACCACUUAGGGCCUGUGCUUUUACGGACGGCGGAAAAGGAUUGUGAGAAAGAUGACCCAAGUCCUCAACGCAGAAAAUCGAUUAAUGGAUCUCAGAACGAUUUGAAGAUAUGAAGGGACGGGACGAAAAUGAGUCCAAUGAAACUUAAGCAAUAGCUAGUCUGAUUAAAAUGCUAAUCAACAAAGGUGCUAAUAUAGUUGUAUGACUGUACAAAUGUAUAUUCAAUAAACUUACCCUCUAUUCAUACAAAAUUAAACACA